CGGGCGCGACAGCCAAUGAAGCGGCAGCGGCGGCGCUCCGGACCAAUGGGGGGUGGCGGUGGUGCGGGGUCCGGUUGCCAGGAGGCGGGCGGCGGCGGCGGCGGCGGCGGCGGCGGCGUCUGGAGCCGGGGUCGGGACCGCCGGGAUUGGAUGCAGCUCUCGCUUGCCGAGCGGCUCGGCAUGGAAGCGGCGCGCCACAGACUCGGGCCCGGCGGGGAUAGAGUCUUUGAAGAUGAAAAUAUGAAGCUCCGGCAAUUGAAAUUGGAUAAUCAGCGAGCUUUGCUGGAAAAGAAGCAAAGGAAGAAGCGUCUUGAGCCCCUCAUGGUGCAGCCAAACCCAGAAGCCAGGCUUCGCCGGUCAAAGCCAAAAGUUUGUGAAGAGCAGACCCCUUUGGUAGAGCCUCACACUCAUCUUUGCAGUGAUGUGGUCUUGCAUGGAAUUGAUGGCCCAGCUGCCUUCAUGAAACCAGAGGCUCAAGAUUUGAGAACCAAACUCCACGUUCUCUCAGUGGGCUCUUCUACCACAGAAGAGGAGACUGAGACAGACUUGGAUGGGGAGAAUAUUGUUGACACUGCCUCAAAACCAGAUCUCCAGGAACUUCUUCAGAAACGCGGUAUCUCUGACAGUUUGAACUUUGAUGAAGAGGCAACUGAUGGGGAGGAAGAAGAAGGAAAGAAAUCAAGAACUCAUUCACCUUACUCAGAAACACAGCGACCCAGUUCUGGAUCCAGCCAGAAAUCAGCCACAGAUACAGGAGCCUCCUGUACAGCAUCCCUUCAGGCUGAUAACCAGCUAGGAGAAGUAGAAAAUUUAGAAGAUUUUGCAUUUCGUCCUGCUCCUCGGGGGAUUACAGUGAAGUGUCGGAUCACCAGGGAUAAGAAGGGAAUGGACAGGGGCCUCUACCCCACCUAUUACAUGCACUUGGAAAGGGAUGAAAAUCGGAAGACAUUCCUUCUUGCCGGGAGAAAGCGAAAAAAGAGCAAAACGUCCAACUACCUCAUUUCCAUUGACCCGACAGAUUUAUCUCGGGAAGGGGAGAGUUACAUUGGCAAACUCAGGUCCAAUCUCAUGGGAACCAAGUUUACAGUGUAUGACCAUGGAGUCAGCCCAACUAAGGCACAGGGCCUAGUGGAAAAGGCCCAUACUCGUCAGGAGCUUGCAGCCAUCUGUUAUGAAACCAACGUGCUUGGGUUUAAGGGUCCCAGGAAAAUGUCUGUGAUUAUUCCAGGGAUGAAUAUGAGUCAUGAAAGAAUCCCAUUCCGGCCACGAAAUGAGCAUGAGAACUUGCUUUCCAAAUGGCAAAAUAAAAACAUGGAAAAUGUGAUAGAACUACACAACAAAGCCCCUGUCUGGAAUGACGACACUCAGUCCUAUGUCUUAAAUUUCCAUGGCCGAGUCACUCAGGCAUCUGUGAAGAAUUUUCAGAUCGUCCAUGCAAAUGACCCUGAAUAUAUAGUCAUGCAGUUUGGACGUAUAGCAGAAGAUGUGUUCACACUGGACUACAACUAUCCCAUGUGUGCCCUCCAGGCCUUUGCUAUUGGGCUCUCCAGCUUUGACAGCAAGCUAGCUUGUGAAUGAAAGAAGACAAGUCGUGCCCCAAACCUGUUUCUCACUCCAUGAAGCUAAGUUUAGGGAGAAAAUAACUUCCUCCCCAAAGUGUGAAAGAGAUGAGAAAAGUCAUCCAAUAUCUUUUGGAUUGAUUCUAGCAUAUACAAAAAAAACUAUUCACUGGAAUUUCCAGCCCCUACCAACCCAGAAUAGAUGAAAGAUUAUUCAGGCUGCAAAGGAAAUUUUACUUAUAGCACACAUCAGUGAGGCUUACUUAUCCUAUGCCUCAAAGAUCAGUUUUUCCUGUGCCUGGAAUCUCUUGUAUCUGGCAUCAGGUUCAGAUUAUUUCAGUUACUUAUCUAUUUUUAGAAAGGGACAGUUAUUUCUUAACAUUCUUUUGCCCACAUUGGUAACUGAUGCUAGGACAGCUUUUCAGCAACAGAGGAGGUUCUAUAGCUUGUGCCUGUGGUCCAGAGCUCAUAAAUGGGAGGGCUGAUUAUGUUAAAAAAAAAAAAACAAAACCUCCAUUCCUGCUAUUGCUUCCUUCUCCCAUCCUGUAGAUUAAAUGACCAAGGCCAUUGAAGUUUAUGUGUCCAUAGUAGUAUAUGUCCAUUUGGAUCCAGCUUUUGACUUGUUUGAGGAAUGAUGAUUUCCAGAGAACAAUCUUCUACCAGGACCAGAGAAAUCCAAAGUGAUUUAUCACUUUGACACUUCACCAAUGGCUCAUGUGUGCUGACUUACCCACACCUUGUCCCAUGGGAAGAAGCAGCAUCCAUCAUUCUUCCCCAUCCUCAAAGAAAUGCUCUGUUUAGCCAGAGCCUGUAUACGCCCUUGGAGAUUGUCCAGAAUGUUAUCUCUUUGACAGUUGCACUCCCUUUUGAGGAAGUUAAGUAUCUGCUUUUUGAAACUAGUUUAGUUUCUCCCUUAGGACCAGAGGUUCUUAUGUCAGUGUGAAACCCUCUUAGUUUCAAAACUGACUAGUCAACUGGCACCAAUCCCAGGUAGGAAAGUGGCUAUCAAAUGUGUAACCAGUGAAGGAUUAAUUUAAUGUAACUGUCUUAAUUUUGUUGUAAAGAUUAAAAUCCUUUUCUUCUCAGAAUGAUGCCAAUGGUGCCUUCAAGGCACGAGUACUGGAGAUGGCUUCACCCAGUGGUUUUGCAGCUGCCCUUAUUUUCAACCCAAUGGUGCCUCCUGUGUGUAGGUGUCUAUGAAGCCGUUCACCUAGGGAAUAUAAUCUCCAGCAGGAAUUAUCUAUUGAAGCUUUCAGCUAUCCUGUAUGUCUAAAAAAUAAAAGGGAAAAAUGGUGGCAGC